GGGCAAAACAGCAUCGAGCCAUGUAACCUUUAUCGCCCAAUUUCCGUCAUUAGCCUGGGUCCAAGUUUAGACCAUCGGUCCAAUCCCUCCCCUUCCGAGGCUCGUUACUAGGCACAUCCGACUAUUGGUAUUAUGGCAGUGGCGUCUAAAAUCGUGCUGACGCUGGACCCACGUGCCCAAAAGUGCAUACAUAGGAAAUAUGUUGCCAUAUUUUCUUGAAUGAUCUUCAAGCCUUUGAGGUUGACACUCACUCUCUUAACUCAUGUGUAUUCGUAUCAAACCGUGCUUUAGUCAAUCAUUCAUUCCACUUGUCACAGCGCUUUGAUAUGGCUCAUUCACUUGCUUGGGGAGCAAUCCUCUCUAUCCUCUCUUUCUCGACUCUGGUGUCAUGCGCUCCUCGUAGAGCUCAAUCCAACCAGACACAAAACCAAUGGGACUAUGUGAUUGUCGGUGGAGGAUUAACCGGUCUAGUGGCUGCCACUCGCUUGUCAGAGAACCCCAAGGUGUCUGUCCUUGUGCUUGAGUAUGGCCCCAUUGACCGUAGUAACGUGACGCAAAUCCCUUACUACGGCACCACCCUCAACACGGCAGACAUGCGCAACAUCACAUCGGCGCUGGAGCCGCGUCUGGGAAACCAGACUUUCGCAGUUCGUGUUGGAGCGGUGGCAGGUGGUGGCUCCCAGGUCAACGGCAUGCAGUGGGAUCUGGCCUCGGAGGCCGAUUACGACUCGUGGGAGCUGUUGGGUAACCCUGGAUGGGGCUGGAAGGGCCUACAUCCUUACAUCAAGAAGUCGGCGAAGUUCGGUGUGCCAACUCCUGAAAUUGAAGCUGUCUACAAUUACUCAUAUGAUGCAUCCGCAUAUGGUGCCAAGGCACUGGCACAGGCCAGCUUCCCCGAUUUCCAAUACCCUGACAUGUACAACUUUAUCGACGGCCUCGAUGAGCUUGGUGUACCCUUCAUCAAGGAGCACGCUUUAGGCAAUGCCGUUGGCCACUUCUGGUCACCAUCAGCCAUCAACGCCGAGUCUAAGACACGUUCAUCCUCGCUGUACGCAUACUACGAUACCGUCUCGCACCGAGCCAACCUAAAGCUUCUUUCCAUGCACCAGGCUGUUGAAAUUCUGUUCGCCAACACCAAGAACACCAAUACCACUGAUCUUAUCGCCAGCGGUGUCAAGGUGCUCGAUCGCUCCACCGACAAGACGGUCAAGUUCUACGCCAAGAAGGAGGUCGUCCUCGCCGCUGGUGCCGUAUUCACCCCUCAGCUUCUGCAAUUGAGUGGCAUUGGUCCCAAGUCAGUGCUCGAGGCAGCUGGGGUUGAGACUAAGCUUGACUUCCCUGCCGUUGGAAGCAACUUCCAGGACCACGCCGUGGCGUUCCCCAUGUGGACUCUAAACAACACCUUCCCGACUCCCUCGGAACUAUCCACCAACGCCACCUUCUGGGAUGAGGCCUACCGCCUCUACCACGAAGAACUCACCGGCCCCCUGACUAAAGCCCAAGCAAGCUACAUCGCCUUCCCCUCUCUCUCGACCGUAACCGACGAGGCCGAGACCCUGCUCACCUCCCUCGAAGCUCAAGAAUCGGACGGUUACCUGCCCGAAAUCUACUCCACGAGCCCCGAGCUCGUCGCCGGCUUUACAGCCCAACGAGACUCCCUCGUCUCGCACAUGCGCUCGGGCUCCAUCGCCGUGGUCGAGGUUCCCAUCAGCGGCGCGGGCAGCUCCCCCAGUGCACUGCAGAAGCCCCUUUCCCGGGGGACAAUCCAUCUGAAUGCGUCGAACCCGCUUGGUGUGCCGGUGGUGUUCUACAACUCUCUCAGUAACCCGUUCGAUCGGUCUUCUAUGUACCACUUUAUCCAGUUCACUCGCAAGCUCUUCGCCUCGGAUGCUGUCGCGCCCCUGAACCCCGUCGAGGUCCUGCCCGGCACCCAAUACACUACUGAAGACGACGUAAUUGAAGCCAUGAUUGCUUCGGGUUGGUUGAUACCUUCGUUCUCUCACCCUAGCUGCAGUUGUCCAAUGAUGCCCAAGGAGAAGGGAGGCUGUGUUGACUCGGAGCUCAAGGUCUACGGCACGAAGAAGCUGAGUAUCAUCGAUGCUAGUAUCCUGCCGAUCAUCCCGGCAGCCCAUUUGCAAGCCACUAUGUAUGCUGUUGCAGAGAAAGCCAGUGAUAUCAUUCACAGCAGGGCAUAAGGAGGAUUUGAGCUGAAGCCUGAGGAGGUAUUAUUUUCUCAAAUGGUCCGAUUUUCGUGUAUAUACUAUUAGAUGCCGACAUAUAUAAUCUCGCAAGACAUCGCACUGAGAUAUAUAUGCAAAUUGUAGCAAGAUGGCCACCAGAUCCCGUCGUGAAACCAAAGCCAAAGUAGCC